CCGCGCAUGCGCUCCAGCGCCACGCAUGCGCAGUGAGAUUUCCUCCGCGUCUCGCGCCAAACUCAAGCUCGACUGGAAGUGUCAAACAUGUCUAAAAAGAAAGGACUUAGCUUGGAAGAGAAAAGAAGUCGUAUGAUGGAAAUAUUUUUUGAAACUAAAGAUGUGUUUCAGCUGAAAGACAUAGAAAAAAUUGCCCCCAAAUCCAAAGGAAUCACUCCCAUGUCAGUGAAAGAGGUGUUGCAGAGUCUGGUGGAUGAUAACAUGGUGGACACUGAGAGGGUGGGCACCUCCAACUAUUACUGGGCGUUUCCCAGUAAAGCCCUGCACGCCCGUAAACGCAGAUUAGAGGAACUGGAGAGACAACAUGAGGAUGGGAAUCAGCGCAAAAAAGCCCUUCAGCAAGCAGUUGAUAAAGCAAAAGUGGGACGUGAAGUUAAUGAGGAGAGAGAGAAUCUCCUGAAGGAGCUCACAGCAUUGAAACAUCAGAGAGAUCAGCUAAAGACCGAACUAGAGCAGUGCAAAGAAUGUGAUCCAGAGGUGGUGGAAGAGAUACGUAAGGCCAACAUUACAGCAAAAGAGGCCGUGUCGAGGUGGACAGAUAAUGUUUUUGCAAUCAAAUCCUGGGCAAAGAAGAAGUUCGGCUUCGAGAACAGCAGCUUGGAUAAAGCUUUCGGAAUACCAGACGACUUUGACUAUAUUAACUGACCAAAAAUUAAUCCAAGCCUCUUGGUAGUUUGAUCUGUUCAACUCUGCACAAUCAAUAAGCUUUAUUGUCUUACAUCAGUUGGAUUUCUGUUUUGUUAUCAGUUCUGCAUGUUCGAGUCACACAGCUGUCACUGACUUACAUUGUCAGCAGUACCCCACCCUUGAAAUUUUAACCUUGUCUAGUCCAAGGAAAACUAAGAUUGAUUUGUCUGGGUAGAAAGGGUAAAAACGCUCCUGGUGUGUAAGCGGAGAAGGUGUUGUGUUAACCCUUGGCUGCUCAGAGAUGCACCCUAUAACCAAACUGACUGUUUGGACACCUGUUGAUAGAGAAACUAAGCCUCGCAGAUGCUGCUGGGAUGAUAAAUUGAGGUGCACAUCAAAGGUCAAUUCAAGGAAAUUAAUCACAAGUUAAAGUUUGUUUUAAAGAAGGUAAAAUUGUUUGUGUAAAAAAAAUUCUGUGACAAGGACACAUAUGUUUCUGUGUUAUGAAGAUGAAGUAAUUUCAGAUGUUCAGGUCACUUCAGAUACUUUUUUUUUCAUUAGUGCCCAUUUUUCACAGUGCACAUGUUGUGUAUCUUGUAAAUAUGAAAAUGGUCAGUUGCUGUGUAAUAUGAUUUAAUAAAUGUACAGUUAUCAAGCACAUUGUUUGUAAU